CCGGGUGCAGCGCGCGGCGCGGGGAGUUGUGCGAUGGCAGAGCGGGGCGCAGGGAGGACCAGACGCGGGGAGACGCGGCCACCGAGCAGAGCUGAGAAAGCAUGAGCAUUGCCACACGGAUACAAUCAAUCAGCCCACAGCUUUCUCAGAGCAUUGUUUUCCAAAGGAUUUUCCCAAGACUGAGGAACAAACCUGAAUGGACUGACCUUCACUCUAUUCACUCUUUUUAGGCCAGUGAAGAAGGGCAAGCAUGUGCAGCUCUCUGAGUCCUAAGCAGCACCCAUUUGGCCCAGGCCUCACUGACCUGCAGCAGUACAGUCUGUGGCUGGCCAGCAGACAUGAAGCCAGCCUGCUGCCUAUGAAGGAGGACCUGGCUCUCUGGCUCACCAGCAUGCUGGGUGUUGAAAUCACAGCGGAGAGUUUCAUGGACAGGUUAGAUAAUGGCUUCCUGUUGUGUCAGCUGGCUGAGACACUGCAGGAGAAAUUUAGGCAGAACAGUGGAGAACUGUCACCACUUGGCAAGCCAAUCCCUAAUCGGAGGAUUCCAUGUAGAGCAAGUGCCCCGUCUGGCUCUUUUUUUGCCCGAGACAACACAGCCAAUUUCCUGUCAUGGUGUCGAGAGGUGGGCGUUGGGGAGACCUGCUUGUUUGAGUCUGAGGGACUGGUCUUGCACAAACAGCCACGUGAGGUCUGCCUGUGUCUGCUGGAACUGGGGAGGAUAGCGGCUAGGUAUAAGGUCGAGCCACCUGGGUUAAUUAAGCUGGAGAACGAGAUUGAGCAGGAAGAGAAAGCCCCUGAGCCGCCUUCCUCUCCCGUCUCUCCCGCUCAGGGCUCGUCCUUUAACAAAAGCUCCUCCUGCAGGAAAAGCACUGGCAAGCUCCUGGAUGACGCCGUAAGGCACAUUUCUGAGGAACCUCCCUGUAAGUGCCCUAAUAAGUUCUGUGUCGAGCGUCAGUCGCAGGGCCGCUAUCGUGUUGGAGAGAAGAUACUCUUCAUUCGGAUGCUGCACAAUAAACAUGUGAUGGUGCGAGUAGGUGGCGGCUGGGAGACUUUUGAGAGUUACCUGCUGAAGCAUGACCCCUGCCGUAUGCUGCAGAUUUCCAGAGUGGAAGGCAAAGUGUCACCCAUCUCCAUCAAGUCCCCUAGCAUCAAGGACCUAAGCCCUGACAGCUACCUGGUGGUGGCGGCCCACUACAGAAGUAAGAAGUAAUAAAGGCCAGUGACAGAUGAGGAAUAUGAGAAAUGAAAAAUAGGCUUUGAGGUGAAGUUCAUAUCACUUAUAUAUGGCACUAACGUGUAAAGUAAAGCUGUUAGUUGGCAUCUGUCUAGCAUCCAUCAUGUGAGGCUCGAACCAUUGGGAUCCAGUCAUUUAUAUCUGAUGCAAAAACAUGCUAAAAUAUACUCUGGACAAAGCAAUGGCAAUCUCAAACUUUAUUUCUGAGCUUUAUUUUUCUUGCAAAUUGUUAUCAAUAUGUAGGCUGCUUGUAUUAAUAUAGCUAAUUUAGCUAAAUUGACACACAGUGUCUGAACAGUACAGCAGGGCUGAAACACAGACUGUUGGUUUUAAGGGGAGAGGAACUGGAAAAAAAACACAAGAUUUUUAUUUGUAUAUUAUUUUUGACAUCUCAGAAUGCAAUUUGAUAAGUCAAAGAUGAUCACUUAUAGCCUGGGAUUGCAAUUCAUAUAUGUAGUGUAGAUUCUGUUGAUUUUUUUGUUGUUGUUGUUGUGUUACUGCUUUUACUUUCAUUAGCCGAGAUUUCUGCAUAACUAUUGCUUAAAGUUGACUGAUGUACAUACAUUUACAUUUUUUCCUCGCAAAAUGACCAACAUUGUCAUAACUUCUUAAUGUAUAAAUUUGCAGUAUUGUAUCAUAUCUCAAUAUUAAGCAAUGUUGUUUUCUCUAGAAUUUGUCCACUUUAUAGAAAAUGAUUUUCUUAAACACUUUUAGAUGAUGACUUUUCUUAUUGUAAGAACAGAUAUAAUGUAAAUGUAAUCACCUUUCUUCUAUGCAAGACCAAUCAAACAUGUGAGCUGUUAAUAGAAUUUGAUGUAUGUCUGGAGUAAAAUAAAUCAGCAAGCGUUUCAGUGUUUU